AUGGGUAUCUCACGAGAUUCUCGACACAAGCGAAGUGCCUCUGGUGCUAAACGCGCAUACUACAGAAAGAAGAGAGCCUUCGAGAAAGGUCGACAGCCGGCCAACACUCGAAUCGGUCCCAAGCGCAUCCAUCUCGUCCGAACUCGAGGCGGCAACCGCAAGUUCCGAGGCCUUCGACUCGAAGCCGGCAAUUUCAGCUGGGGCAGCGAGGGUAUCUCCCGCAAGACCCGUGUCAUUGUCGUUGCUUUCCACCCUUCCAACAACGAGUUGGUCCGAACGAAUACCUUGACGAGAUCGGCUGUUGUGCAGAUUGAUGCGGCACCAUUUAGGACUUGGUAUGAGGCUCACUAUGGUGCCACGCUAGGUCGACGACGACAGGCAAAGGGUACCGAGACUGAGGAGAAGAAGAUCAGCAAGAGCGUGGAGAAGAAGCACGAGGAGCGACUGAAGAAGAUGGGUAAGGUCGAAACCGCGCUUGAGCGACAGUUUGAGGCUGGACGAUUGUAUGCUGUCAUUGCUUCGAGACCUGGCCAGAGUGGACGAUGUGAUGGUUACAUUCUGGAGGGUGAAGAAUUGGCUUUCUACCAGAGACAAAUCAGAAAGUAG